CCCCCGGGGCGGAGAGAGACUUUGUUGCCGUGUUUUGGCCCAGAUUUCUCGUGCUAAAAGCAAAACAGGACCAGAGUAGCUGUUGUUUUCCAUUUAAUUUGUUGUGUGAAUGAUUUUUUGACCGAUUUCAUGAGAAGAUUGAGGUCGUCGGACAGAUUACAUGGGAAUGAAAACUCCAUGUUUAGGUGCCCACUCAGGCUCCUUGAACAAAACUUUAGUCACCCGCACUUGUAACUUAGGCGCCUCAGGCGAUCGGGCGCCAGUGAUGUUUGUUUUCAUCAAACAAUGGCAACUAUGAAGAGGGUUAAUGUAUGUCUCCAAUGUACUUAACAGGUCAAGAGACUACUUCCUCAACACUUUCAUUUAUGUUAGCAGAGGCUGGAAAACAUCCUGAGGUUGAGAACAGGUUAGUCCAAGAGGCUGAAGAUAUCCUUGGUUCUCACCAGUAUGUGUCAUAUGAGGACCUCAGCAAUCUAAACUACAUGGGUCUUGCGAUGAAAGAAACACUUCGAUUACAUCCCAGUGUUCCGGCAUUCACUCGAGUUAUGGAAAAGGACGGUGAGUUGGGAGGGCACCGCAUCCCUGCUGGUACACUGAUAAAUGUUGGUGUAUAUGCCUUACAUCACAGCCCCAAAUACUGGAAGAAUCCUGAGAACUUUGAUCCUGAACGAUUUUUGUCUCAGAAAGAUGACAAUGACACUGGCUGUGCAACACACCAUGCUUAUAUUCCAUUCUCUCUUGGUCCUCGUCAUUGUAUUGGUCAGAUGUUUGCCGAGUUUGAAGUGAAGGUUCUCAUGUCACGCUUUUUGAAGUCAUUCAAAUUUCAGCUGGUGCAUGGCCAGGAUUAUGGAUAUGAAGAUCCCAAGGCCACUCUAGCACCAAAAGACAGAAUCCGCUGUACCCUGACUUUGCGAUGAUCAUUUACAGGUGUAUGUGAGAAUGUAGACAGAUAAAUAAAUAUUUACUUCCCUGUAUAAUUUAUGCCUAUAGGAUAUGUCAAGAUUUAGGAAUGGACCACUAUUUUUUGAUGGGGGUUUUGGCAGUUACCAAAAAAUAACCUGCACAAGAUAAAGAUAAGGAAAGAAUAGUGCAGAGCAAACCAUGCACAAGACAAAUGGAGCAAAUGUAACAAAAAAAAUGUUUGCAUGAUCUGAAACUGAGAAAGAAAAUUCUUGCUCAGAAAAAUUGUCCAAACCUUCCCCCCUAAAAAUCUAAUGUCCAUCAUUUAGGGGCUACCUUCAAGCUAGCAAUAGAGAUUUUAUUUAACGGAAACAUUUUGAAGAUUGUAACUGCAUCUUUGUAUAGAAAAUAUGAGCAAAGUUCUCCGUUAGCUAGGUUUAUUUUAAUGUUCAAGGUAUCUGUAUCUGUAUUAUAGGCGUGACAAAAAUAUGUGAUUCUAGGAUGAAGUCAAGUAUUUAAAAAAGCAAGUCAGCAAUUAUUAUAGACCAAGGUAGGUCUUUUUGAGGCCAAGUGAACCAUCUUUAAAAAGAUGCUACGUCACAGUUUGCACAUCUUGAAAAGUUUAGUCCAAAGUUUUCAAAUGUCCCUUUUGUAAUCUGUGUCA